AUGCUCAAACAAGAGGGCUCGAAACCGUUUGGACAGCACCAGGAAGCUGGCGUUCAGCUAAGUCGGAUUCGUAGGAUGCUCCGUGCAAACCGCCCCUAGCAGGGGCAGGCGGUGCCAGACCACUGGGACUCUAAGAGAUGGAGUGGCCUAGGGAGGACAGUGGCUACGGGGGAGGGGUGGAAACCAAGAUGAUUCUAGAUGAAGACCGAGAAAAAAAAGGGGGGGGGGCAGAGCUAAACUAGGACUGCAGGGCAGGGGAGAGCUGGGAGCCCGACAGGAGUGUGCUCGGGUUAGCAAGUCCCUCGCUGGUGGAGGUUCGGGUUCAGAGACCACAGAACGCACAGGCCGCUGCGAGUGAAGCUGGGUUUGUGGCCCAGGUCGGGGAACACCCGGGAAGACAGAAGGAUCGGGGAGGCCCAGCGACUCCAGUGCUGGCUGAGGAAGUCUGCAAGGAGUGGGCGAGCAAGCAGAAGCCGGAGUCAGAGACACCCCCGGCGGCCGACGCUGCGAGCGCCCGGACGAGCGCGCGAUGACGGCCGGGAGCCCCGGAGACGGCGGCGCGCGCAGGAGCCCCGAGGGCCGCGUCUCGCGCCUGGGCCGCCGCCUGGGCCGGCGCCGGAGACCGCGCUCGCCGCCAGAGCCGCUGCGGGUGCGGGCACGGCUGCGGCUGCGCUCGCCGUCGGGGGCGUUCGCGGCGCUGGGCGCGCUCGUGGUGCUGGUGGGCAUGGGCAUCGCCGUGGCGGGCUACUGGCCGGGCCGCGCCUCCCACGCCCCGAGGACCGGCCGCGCGCACGGGCCCCACGAACGCCUGCGGCUGCUGGGGCCGGUGAUCAUGGGCGUCGGCCUGUUCGUGUUCAUCUGUGCCAACACGCUGCUCUAUGAGAACCGGGACCUGGAGACGCGGCGGCUCCGCCGGGGCGUGCUGAGGGCGCAGGCGCUGCGGCCGCCCGACGGCUCCGGCUGGGAUGCGCUGCUGCCCAGUCCGGCGCCUGGGUCCCCGGGCACCGUCGCGGAGCCUGAGACUUGGGAUCUGGCCCCGAGGAGGGGUCCCUCGCCCGUCCCGUCGGUGCGCAGCCUUCGGUCCGAGCCUGCCAAUCCUCGCUCUGGGUUGCCCGCGCUGCUCCACAGCUACCCGUUGAAGGGCCCGGGGCUGCCACCACCCUGGGGUCCUCGGACUCAGACUGGCCACGUGAUCAUCACGGUGCAGCCCUCUGGUUCCUGCAUUGAGCACUCCAAGUCUCUGGACCUGGGCCUGGGGGAGUUGCUCCUGGGGACCCCAGCUGCUCGGGACUGUGCCCACCGAAGUUGGCCACGGCUGGACAGACUCAGUCUGGGGGGCUAUGCCAAACUGGGUGGAGACUUGGGGGCCCGGGUCUGAGGUUCAAGGGAUAACUUGCUGUGAGGCUACCAGCGUGGACCAUGGGACCAGGACACCAGAAGUCUAGUGUCCACUAGCUGCUUCAGUCACCUCUGAGGCUAGGAUGGAUGCUGCGGUGACAGCAGCCGCUCAGCCUCCUGACCUGCAUGUGUCUAGAGCAGUGCCAGCUGCACCGGCCAGCCUCAGGGGCAUGUGUUAAUGUGGACACCAGCAUGAUUCAGCCUCAGGAAUUUCUUCAGCCCAUGUGGCCUUAGCCCCGGGACAGGUACCUGAGGGGCUGCAGGCUAGGCCAGGAGCAUCCAGAGAUGCAAAGGCAACAGUGGUAGGUUGGGAUGUCUCAGGCUGGGACAGGCUCCCUCCAAGGUGGCAGUGGUGAUGGAGGUGGGACCUCCAGGGGGAAGGUGGGAGAUGAAGUGGAACAGAGACCCCCUGCAGCUUUCUGGGGCCGUGACUGCUCCUCUAACUGCCACUUCAGGCCCAUUCUUCCUCCAGCCACGUGGGCUAUCCCAGCAGGGCUCACUACUGCCAGUGCCCUGCCCCUGGGGUCAGACAGCUCCCCACAGAGACAGGUCCGUCUCACUUUCAUCUGACCCGUGCUGCAAAGUCUCCCCCAGUUGGCAGAAGGCACCCGCCAGUUCUCAGCAGUGCCUGGAGCUGCACUGUGGCCAGUGUGGGCAGCUUAGCACACAUAUAGUGGCUUCCCUUCCCAGGUUUUAAUUUUUUCCAUGCUUUUGUUAGAAAUUUUAAAGUGGACCAGUCCUCACAGAAAAGUAUUUUUUUUUGUCAUGUUUAUUGAAAAAUGCCAUACAAGAAGCAAGACCAAACACUUAGCUAAAACACUCAGCCACAUCUGUCUCUAUGAAAGGUGCAGGCGGCAGGCCUACUACUGCCUCUCUCACCUAGGGUUUUCCAGUUGGCUCUACCGCCAGCGUUCCUAUUCUGUCAAAUGUAAACAACUACUUGAUAUGAUUCAUAAUUUUUAGAAAAAUUUACAAAGCUCCUUCAUUUUUUUUCAUCAAAAUAAUAAUAAUAAUUUGAGAGAGAUUUGUAGAAACAACCAGCCUGGGGCUUGUAUUUCCCAUCAGCACUGGAGGUGCUGGCUAGGCCAUAACUCCGCAGCCCGCUGGCCCCAGCUGCUCAGCAUCCCCCAGAAUAUACUGCUGGCCUGGGGGAGGGUCCCUGGAGUUAGCUUCCUUGGGCCCUCAGCUUAGGAAUAUAGGGCUCGCCUUGUGGGUGGGUGGCAGAGAUCUCAUGUGGUCUGAAGGAAAGCUUACUUCUGGAGUAAAAAUAAAACUGCAGUUGGGUUUGUUAA